UCUCACGAUCGAGAAGGACCAAAAAUAUUUGCACGCUGUAAUUCGGUCAGCCCUUCUUCCUAUUUUUUAUCAAAAUUGAAAAAAUUAGCGUUAGAAUUCCGCGAUUUUAAUUCCAAUUUGGAAAUUUUAGAGACGUGA